AUGGCAAAUUUUUAUUUAAAAUUUGAAAAAUUUUCUAUUAUUGAAUGGAUUAUUAUAUAUAUUUGUAUAACUAUAUCUAUAUUUUUAAUCCUAUAUUGUUUUACUAAUUGUCUCUAUGAAAAAUUGUUAAUAAUAAUAUUUUCAACUUCAAAAAGUCGGAAAAUGGAAAGUAGAACAGUUACAGCUAUUCAGAUUGAAAAAGAUAACAUGAAUCUUGUACAACCAUUAAUAGCUAAAUUAGAUGAACAAGUUAAACUUACAAGAAAAAGUCAAACAGAUUUAAGUAGUAAAAUUCAAGAAGUAUCUUCAUACUUAAAAGAAAUAACUGAUAAAUUAGAUAGACCAUUUGAAUUAGAUAGUUAUGCAAGAAAACUAGAAGAAAAUAAUGCUAGAAUAUUAAAUGUUCAAACAACACUUAUUUCAAUUCAAGAACGUAUUGGUGAGUUACAAAGAAAUAUUCAAAAAGAAGCUUAUCAAACAAAAGAAGCAUGUAACUUAACCACUAAUUCUUGA